AUGAUUCCAAGACUUGUUGAAACUGUUCAAGUUGCAAUCCGCAGAAUGAUGAAUAAGGAUUCAAGAUCGUUCAAUGAGCACAGAGUACCAAUUCCAACUCAAGAGGUUACAUGUAAGGCUGCUGAGGAGCUUGAUUGGGAAGCAGGGCCGGCCUGCGAGACGAAACAUGGGCCUUUGGCUCCCAAAUUUUUAAGUUAA